AUGCCAGCAGCAUCAAUAAUAACGGGAGUGGCAACACCGCCCACCAUUACCGUGGCAGCCAGACCUGCAGCAGGGAUUAUUGGCAAUAGAGCGAGUAAAUCAUCAGAGGCUUUCUCCUUAACGAAAGUCACACUCUCGGCAGGAUUCGAUGGAUUGGUGACGAUGGCCUUGGCGGACUCGGAGGUGGGAAUAGGAAUAGGAAUGGCAAUCACCGCGAUAGCGCUUGUUGCAGAUGUACUAGACGGCUGCGUCGAAGAUGAAGCAGAACUCGAAGAAAUUUUAGAGGUUAUUGGAGCAGCAAUAGGGAGGAACGGGACUGCGAUAGAGCUGGAGCUUCUGAUACCCGAUGUGCUAGCUGACGACAGGGGGGCAAUGGAGCCGGAGCUCGAGCUGCUGAUGCCCGAUGUGCUAGCUGACGACAGGGGUGUAAUGGAGCUGGAGCUGGAGCCGGAGCUCGAGCUUCUGAUACCCGAUGUGCUAGCUGACGACAGGGGGGCAAUGGAGCCGGAGCUCGAGCUGCUGAUGCCCGAUGUGCUAGCUGACGACAGGGGUGUAAUGGAGCUGGAGCUGGAGCCGGAGCUCGAGCUUCUGAUACCCGAUGUGCUAGCUGAUGACAGGGGGCCAAUGGAGCCGGAGCGGCUAGCAUCCCGUGUGCUUGAUGUUGAUGAUGCCUGGCUGGGAGCACUUGCGAUUGUAGAUGAAGUGCUCAGUGAAGUGGUUGACGAGGUGCUUGACGAAGCGCUUCGACUCCAAUGGUAA